UCUAAGGCAAUCUGAUUCUCUCUCAUCGAGCCUCAGCUGUAGAAGCUAGGGUUUUGGUGAUUUCAUCCUAUAUAUCACCCAUCUUCAUUUGCCAUCUUCAUUUGAAAGAAAAAGAAUCAAUUAAUUCAUUGCAACAACUGAAAUGGCUUCUUCUGAGAACUCAUUCACGGUGUCCUACGAGACAGAGAAGUUCCUCUGCGAACAAUUGCUUGAUCAAAACCAGUCGAUAUCAGACCGUUUCAGAGCUCUCUUCUCUCUCCGCAACCUUCGAGGCACUGGUCCUCGUGAUGCUCUCAUUCUUGCAACAAGGGAUUCUUCAAAUCUACUAGCGCAUGAGGCUGCAUUUGCCCUCGGGCAAAUGCAAGAUAUUGAAGCCAUCCCUGCUCUAAAAGCGAUUCUUAAUGAUCUUUCUUUGCAUCCUAUUGUUCGCCAUGAGGCUGCGGAAGCUCUGGGUGCUAUUGGGUUAGAGAGUAAUGUUGCUCUUCUGAAAAACAGUUUGGUUUUAGAUCCAGCUCAGGAGGUCCGUGAGACUUGUGAAUUGGCUAUUAGUCGAAUCAAGGAACUUAAAACUACUGGGAAUGAUGAAUCGUCCAAAAUAGAAGCAUCACCCUUUCUGUCAGUUGACCCAGCUGCACCUUCUUCCUGUUCUUCUGUAGGUCAACUAAGGGAAGUUCUUUUGAAUGAAGAAAAGGGCAUGUAUGAACGGUAUGCAGCUCUUUUUGCGCUUCGAAACCAUGGGGGAGAUGAAGCUAUAUUGGCUAUCAUUGAUUCUUUAGGUGCAAAUAGUGCUCUCCUUCGGCAUGAGGUUGCUUAUGUUUUGGGUCAAUUGCAAAACAAAACAGCUUCAGCUGCUCUUUCUAGGAUAAUUAGGGAUUUGGAUGAGCACCCAAUGGUCAGACAUGAAGCUGCUGAAGCUCUCGGAUCUAUUGCAGAUGAUCAAAGUGUAGCACUUCUUGAGGAAUUUGCAAAAGAUCCCGAGCCAAUUGUCUCUCAAAGUUGUCAAGUUGCUCUAAGCAUGCUGGAAUUUGAAAGAACAGGAAAAGCCUUUGAGUACUUCUUCAUGCAGACUCCUCAAGUGCAACAACUCUCAUAGUAAAUUUUGUUUGCCACAUCCAGCCAGUGUCCAGCAGGGAUGAGGUCCAAAAUGAAGGUUAUGUUAUUGCUGGCGCUUGCCUAAUCAUAUAAACUUGCUUGAGUUCUGAUCAUGAGGUUAGCAUUUAUAAUCAAACAAAAAAAGUUGACGUUUAUAAGAUGCUUAUCGGAUCAUUUUUUUACAUUGUAGUGCUCUUGCAAUAAUUUCCUUCUAUUUUGGCUUUUGACAAUAGUCAAUAGGAAGGAGUGUAGUGUCGGCUAGACUAGACAGCAAUUGAUGAGUGUAUGUUCACCUAACGGAUAUAAUUUCCUUUAGGGGGCACGUGCUCCCCGCCCUUCCCCGGGGCUACAUUGGCAACUUCAUUCUUGGUCAAAACUGCUUUAGACACCUAUAUAUAUGUGUGUGGCCUGAGUAUGAGAAAGACUUCUUACACCAAUUAUAUUAUGUCAUUCGUGCCAUCAA